UUACAACUCGUAAAUAAAAACUCAAGACUUGCUUUUGACUUGAGCCGUAUGACUUUUGAUGUUGUCGCGGCUGACUGCGAAUCGUGGCGAAAAUAUUAAACUGCAUCAAACGCUUGUAGAAUCGCUUCAGAUUCAGACCGACAUUUUCUCUAUCGGUCUUCAGUCUCAUAUUUGUCAAGGUUGUCCACAGCCAGUUGCUUCAAAGUGGUCCUGGACAGGGUUCUGCGUGUCCAUAGGAGAUCAUCAUCAGCAGAAUGAGAGAGUGAGCUGCAGAAAGGGGAGGGGGGUUUCCCUGGGCACUGCCCCCAUCCUAUCCCACGUCAGCUGGGGCAUUGGAUGGCUGACGGCUGCAUACCAAGCCUCCUCCUCGGCCUCGACGCACUUAGGUCCCUGUUCCUGCCGGGCCCGGUGGCUAAAUAUAUUUCCCCAGUUUGCAAAUGUAGCACAAGUCCUGCAACCCGACCCCCAUCCCGCUGGCUCCGGUUCCCUUCCUUUACACAAGGUUCACGUUCCUUUGGGUUGUGGAGGUACACGGGAGAGUGCGGUGGGGUUGGCUGGGCGGAAAGGGGUUGGAGGUUAACAGAGCGUCUCCCGGUUUACUCACACACACUCACACACACACAGACACACACACACUGGACUCUUUUCUGGAUCUCUCUGCUCAUGUACACUUGUCAAGCUAGCACACGCACACUAGUUGCCACUUCACACACACAGUCUGCGGACUCCGGCACUGCCCCCCCCUGGGUCGGCCGCGGUGAGGAGAGUGUGGCAAAGGAGGCAUGGAGAGGACUGAACGGAUUCAACGGCCCGUCGUGGGCUCGGCCGACUCCUACACGAGCCGGCCGUCGGACUCCGACGUGUCCCUGGAGGAGGAUCCCGAGGCCCUGAGGAAGGAAGCCGACAGGCAGGCCCUCGCCACGCUCGAGAAAGCAAAGACCAAACCAGUUGCGUUUGCGGUGCGGACAAACGUGGGCUACAACCCGGGCCCCAGCGACGACGUUCCUGUGCAGGGCAUGGCCAUAUCCUUCGAAGCCAAAGACUUCCUACACAUCAAAGAGAAAUACAACAACGAUUGGUGGAUCGGGCGUCUGGUGAAGGAAGGCUGCGAGGUGGGCUUUAUCCCCAGCCCGGUCAAGCUGGAGAACACUCGGCUUCUACAGGAGCAGAGGAUGAGGCAGAACCGACUCAGCUCCAGUAAAUCCGGAGGAAGCUCCAGCCUGGAUGUCGCCACGGGAACGCGCAGGCCCACCCCACCCGGCACAGCGCACGUGGACAUGCCCACUGUGACCUAUGAUGUUGACCCCCUGGACCUGGAUGCCGAGGAGCUCCCUGAGUCGCAGGGGGACCCUCGUUCCCCCAAGGGCAUGUCUGGCAGCGUGACCUCGCCUCAGGCCAACACGCACCGGCUGCCUUUCUUUAAGAAGAUGGAGCACGUGCCUCCCUAUGACGUGGUUCCUUCCAUGAGACCCAUCAUCCUGGUGGGCCCCUCGCUCAAAGGCUACGAGGUGACUGACAUGAUGCAGAAAGCUCUCUUUGAUUUCCUGAAACACAAGUUCGAGGGAAGGAUAUCCAUCACACGAGUGACGGCGGACAUCUCGCUGGCCAAGCGCUCGGUCCUCAAUAACCCCAGCAAACACACCAUCAUCGAGCGCUCCAGCACCCGUUCCAGCCUGGAUGUACUGGCUGAGGUUCAGAGCGAGAUCGAGCGCAUCUUCGAGCUGGCCCGCACACUGCAGUUGGUGGCCCUGGACGCCGACACCAUCAACCACCCGUCUCAGCUGGCCAAGACCUCUCUGGCUCCCAUCAUUGUCUACAUCAAGAUAGCAUCACCUAAGGUUCUGCAGAGGCUCAUCAAAUCCAGGGGCAAGUCCCAAGCCAAACACCUCAACGUGCAGAUGGUGGCGGCCGAUAAGUUGGCUCAGUGCCCCCCUGAACUGUUUGACAUUAUUCUGGACGAGAACCAGCUGGAGGACGCCUGCGAGCACCUGGCUGACUACCUGGAGGCCUACUGGAAGGCCACGCACCCGCCCAGCAGCAACCCGCCCAAUCCGCUGCUCAACCGCACCAUGGCCACAGCGGCGCUGGCCGCUUCGCCCGAGCCCGUGUCCAACCUGCAGGGGUCCAACCUGGUGCACAGCGAGCCCCCCAAGCGUGAGGGCACGGAGUGCGGCGGGAGCGAAUACCACGGCAACCUAGGGGGAAAACCUCAGCAACAACAUCAGCAACAGCAGUACCUGUGCUCCUCCCGCGGCCAACUCCGAGGGGGCAGCAGCCGCGGCCUUUCCCGGCAAGACACCUUUGACUCGGAGACGCAGGGCAGCCGGGACUCGGCGUACACCGAGGCCGGAGACUCCUGCAUGGACAUUGAGACCGACCCCUAUGAGGAGCCUGAGCCUUACCGCGAGGGAGGCGGCGGUGGCGGAGGGGGCAGCCGCCUCCACUUGGCGCAGCACCACGGGCGACAGGCGUCCUGGGAGGACGAGGGAGCCGAGCCGGACCAGGAGAACCUGAACCAGCCGCCGGCGCCCAGUCACGGCGGGCAGCAGAAGCACGGGCGGGCCAAGCUGAGGGAGCGCUACUGCCAGGAGCCGCUGGACACGGUGGCCAACAAAAGCCGCAACAAGAACCAGGAUGACUGGGGCAGGGACGUGUACAUCCGCUGAGGGGACACAAGAGGAGGAGAC